AUUACCAGUGGCAUUAUCCAAUCACAUUUGUGAUGUCUUCCAUGCAUCACUCACUCGCAAAUUCCAAACAGAAAGUCUUAGAAAGGAACAUCAAAGAUAUGUCUCUUUUAACACAUUUGCUUAGUAAUGGUCUCCAAAAUACAAAGUCUUUUGUAAUUCCUUCUACUACUAAUUUAGCAUGUGUAAGAUACGCAUCAAAGAAAUCCAGUGGCAGCACAAGAAUUAAACCUGGUCAUCCAAAACCAAAACAUAGAGGAUGGAAAGUUCAAGAUGGAUGGUAUGUCCAGAAAGGUCAGCUAUUAGCCACACAACUUCGACCCAGGUUUCAUCCAGGACUAUAUGUCGGUAUGGGUAGAAAUGGGACAUUAUAUGCUUUAGAACCUGGAAAAGUAAUGGUCACAUGUGAAAAAAUUAAUCCGAACAACACUCAUUCCUGGGCUCUAAUGAACUAUGCAGGUAGAGAGGAAAGUGUUAUAUAUAAGAAACAUUUUAACGUUAUCCCUCAGAAGCAACAUGACAAAUUUGUGGUAAUAGAAACUGUUUGAAAUGAAAUCUUUUGAUUAAAGUUACACUUAGUUCCAAAUUAAGAGGUGUAAAUAUAUAACAACAUAAAAACAAUAAAAUUCUCAUA